AUGGACCAGUUAAUUAAAACAGCAAAGGGUACCAGAGACUAUUUUGGACAGGAUAAAAUGGUGCUUGACAGGAUUAUUCAGGAGGUAGAGAAUAUUUACAGAAAAAGGGGAGGAGUUCCUUUUGACACACCCACAUUUGAAAUAAAAUCUAUUCUAAUGAACAAAUACGGAGAAGACUCCAAGCUUAUUUAUGAUCUGGCAGAUCAGGGGGGUGAACUGUGUGCACUGCGGUACGAUCUAACAGUUCCUUUGGCUAGGUAUUUGGCAAUGACAAAGACUGUAAAAAUGAAGAGGUACCACACGGCAAAGGUGUUUAGAAGAGACCAGCCUGCUUUAGCCAAAGGAAGGUAUAGAGAGUUUUACCAAAGUGACUUUGAUAUUAUUGGAGAGUACGCACAUAUGGCAGCCGAUUCUGAGAUAGUUAGCACCGCCUGCACUAUUUUGGACAAUUUUUCAAAGGAUGUGCUGGGAGGCAAUAAUAAAGUGUACAUCCGACUAAACCACAAAAAAUUAGUAGAUAGUUUAAUGGAAGUAUGUGGUAUAGAAAAAUCUUUAUGUGGACCAAUUGGCAGUGCCAUUGACAAACUAGACAAAAUGUCAUGGGAAGAAGUUUCUGAGGAAAUGGCAGGGAAAGGGGCUUCUGUUGAAUCGAUUGCCAAGAUAAAAGAAGCAAUUUGUAUUAAAGGGUCUUUUAAAGUUCUGAGUGCAAUUAAAGAGAAUGAGAUAGGGCAGACACUGGUGGGAAAGGAGGCAAUAAAGGAUCUGGAAAGAUUACAAGAGCUGCUUACUGUAUAUGGUGUAGACGAUAAAAUUGUUCUUGAUGUGAGUCUAAUUAGAGGAUUAGAUUAUUACACUGGAAUAUUAUUAGAAGGAGGAUAUGUUGGACUGGAAGGAACACUAGUGGCAGGAGGCAGAUAUGACGGGCUUGUUAAUAAUAUACUGACCAUGAACUCUGAAGACCCGGCUCUUGCGCAGGAUCUUAAUACUAAGCUAAAAGUGAAAAACAAGAAAAAGCCAACAAAUAAAAACACAGAAGAAAUCAGAUGUGUAGGAAUCAGUCUGGGUGUAAGCCGAUUAUUCAGUGUGGUGAGUGCAAACGACAAGAAGACGCCCACUCAGGUUAUGGUAUGCUCAGUUGGCUCCAAUCUUUUAGAAGAAAGGAUCCGAAUGUGUACUUAUUUACGUAAUAAUGGGAUAAACACUGAGUACUUUAUGGGAGAAUCGGGAAAUUUCACUAGGCACAGUGAAUAUGCAGAAUCAGCAGGUGUGAAUGUUCUGGUGCUUAUAGGAAGAAAAGAAAUAGAAGAAGAAAAGUACCAAAUCAUUUGGGGGAGCAAGAACACCAGAGAAAAGGUAAGUGUUCAUAUUUCAGAUCUUGUCACUAAGAUAGAAGAAAUUCUUAAAAAUGGCUCUGAUACACCCAAUGAUAAAGCAGAUUCAGAAGAAGAAAUUCUUAAGGCACAGAUAUAAACUUACUGCAUACCCGAUAACUCAAAAUUAUUUGCUUCCUUUAAGUCAAUAACUCAUAGAAAUAAUUCUUUUUAAUACCUAAAAUA